GCUGCUUUUUGCUGGGAAAGGGCUGCAGGGAGCUCUGGGAAAAGCGCUUUCCGUCGCCGUUGACGGAGCAGCACGGCUGGCUCUCGGAGUCGGUCAGAGGAAGAACUCUGGUCCUCUGACAUAGAUCGAGGAAGACGGAUCCCAUUGCAGCCAUGCUGAAUCACUGACUCUGAGUCCGACCGGCCCCGGCUCCGAGCCCCAGCCCGCUCGGCCCCAGCUCCGAUCCCCAGCCCAGCCGGGCCCCGGCUCCGAGCUCCAUCCCAAGCCCGGCCCCGCUCAUUCCCGCUGGCUGCCUGCGGAUUGCCGAGGGGCCGGGCCAGGGGGGCUGGGAGGCCGGGACGCCCGGGUCCAUGCAGAGUUCAAUCUCCGCACCGGCUGCGCACAAUGGAGGGUGAAAGCAACAAGCCGACAUCCCAGUCCCCAGUGGGAGCGGAGCAUGAAGGGAAGGAGCAGCGGACGGUUACGGUCAAUGCGGCGCACAUGGGAAAGGCUUUCCGGGUUAUGAAUGAACUGAGGAGUAAGCAGAUGCUGUGUGAUGUGAUGAUUGUCGCUGAAGAUGUGGAGAUUGAAGCCCAUCGCGUCGUCCUGGCAGCCUGCAGCCCAUAUUUCUGCGCCAUGUUUACAGGUACCAGAGCUGAGAGCGGAGGUGACAUGACAGAAAGCAAGGCCAGGAAGGUUGAGAUCAAGGAUGUGGAUGGGCACACCCUGAGCAAGCUGAUCGACUACAUCUACACAGCUGAGAUUGAAGUGACGGAAGAGAACGUCCAGGUCCUGCUACCAGCCGCCAGCUUACUUCAGCUGAUGGAUGUCCGGCAGAACUGCUGUGAUUUCCUACAGGCUCAGCUGCACCCCACCAACUGCCUGGGCAUUCGGGCAUUUGCCGAUGUGCACACCUGCACUGAGCUACUCCAGCAGGCCGAUGCCUACGCAGAGCAGCACUUUCCGGAGGUGAUGCUGGGAGAAGAGUUUCUCAGCCUCAGCCUGGACCAGGUGUGCAGCCUCAUAUCCAGCGACAAGCUGACCGUCUCUUCAGAAGAAAAGGUGUUCGAGGCUGUGAUCUCUUGGAUCAACUAUGAGAAGGAGACCCGCCUCGAUCACAUGGCCAAGUUGAUGGAGCAUGUCCGCCUCCCCCUCCUGCCACGGGACUACCUUGUCCAGACUGUGGAGGAAGAAGCUCUGAUCAAGAACAACAAUACAUGCAAGGACUUCCUCAUCGAGGCCAUGAAGUACCACCUGCUGCCUCUGGACCAAAGGCAACUGAUCAAGAACCCCAGGACCAAGCCCCGCACACCCGUCAGCAUGCCCAAAGUGAUGAUCGUAGUGGGUGGGCAGGCACCCAAGGCCAUCCGCAGUGUGGAGUGCUACGACUUCGAGCAGGACCGCUGGGACCAGAUCGCCGAGCUCCCCUCGAGAAGGUGCCGGGCGGGUGUAGUGUUCAUGGCUGGCAGCGUGUACGCCGUGGGUGGCUUCAACGGCUCCUUGCGGGUGCGGACAGUGGAUGUGUACGAUGGGGCGAAGGACCAGUGGACGUCGAUCGCCAGCAUGCAGGAGCGGAGGAGCACGCUUGGGGCCGCGGUGUUGAAUGAUCUCCUGUAUGCCGUGGGCGGUUUCGAUGGUAGCACCGGCUUGGCGUCGGUGGAGGCCUACAGCUACAAGACGAAUGAGUGGUUCUUCGUGGCCCCGAUGAACACGCGCCGCAGCAGCGUCGGGGUGGGAGUGGUGGAAGGGAAGCUGUACGCGGUUGGGGGCUACGACGGGGCAUCCCGCCAAUGCCUGAGCACAGUAGAGCAGUACAGCCCCGCCACCAACGAGUGGACCUAUGUGGCUGACAUGAGCACCCGGCGCAGCGGUGCAGGCGUGGGCGUGCUCAGCGGCCAGCUGUAUGCCACGGGGGGCCACGACGGGCCGCUGGUCAGGAAGAGCGUGGAGGUCUACGACCCCGGGACCAACACCUGGAAGCAGGUUGCGGACAUGAACAUGUGCAGGAGGAACGCAGGAGUGUGUGCCGUGAAUGGACUCCUGUACGUGGUGGGAGGAGAUGAUGGGUCAUGCAACCUGGCCUCCGUAGAAUACUACAAUCCCGUCAUUGAUAAGUGGACAUUAUUGCCAACCAAUAUGAGCACGGGAAGGAGCUAUGCAGGCGUUGCUGUGAUUCAUAAACCAUUGUGACAUACAUCCAGCCUCAAGCAGGCGGAAGGUGUAGGAAGUGAAUGAAUGCUGCCGCUGCUGCUGGGAGCACAGAGAAGUGUGACUGUCACCUGACUUUAUCCAACCCUCGGGGACCUCAUCCAACACACGGCCAGUAAAAACACAAGAAUGUCCCCUGCCGCUCUGGUUUGGCAGUGAGUAGUGAAACCACAUGAAAACCCUAUGAUGAACCUUCUACGUUUCCUCUCCGCUUCGGCCUCUGGGCUGUCCAGAACAGCCUUCUGAGAGCGGCUGCUGACCCACGCCAGGGUGCCGAAGCCAGAGAACUGACCAGCCUGGAUCGGACAUGAUACCUUUUGUAGGGAUCCUCUGAUCCUCCCCUCUCCCUAUUCCCCUUUUGCCCCCCAAGCCCAGAGCAAGGGCUAGCCAGCCCAAUAAGGUGGCCCGAUUAAUAUGGGACCAGGGGCUUUGUACUUCAUAGGUGGUGAGUUUGGAAGGCUGCUAGCCUUAGAGUGCAGCCUUGUAGGACAGCAGUUGGAGUGGUAUUGAGUCCAUUAGUAUCCUCUUAGUGACCACGUGCAUGUAUCAGUUCUUGGCAAUUGUAAACUUUUUGUGGUGAACAGCUGGGGAGCGAUUGAAGAUGGGCCCUGCCAUUCUCGUGCCAGGAAGCAAGGCUGUACUCAUAAGCCACGGGCCAGCGAUGCAUCAGAUUUCAUGGGGCAGUCCUCGGGACAGUCAGUGGAGUCGACACCAGGCAAUCCGCACAGCAGGUCAUGGAGCAGGCACGAAGCCAUCCUCAGGUAGUCCACGGAGAAGUUCCCCAAGCCAUCUUGGGCAGUCCAUGUAGUAACCCAUAGAGCAGGUCAUGGAGCCGUCCUCAGGCAGAACACAGAGUGGUCCACAGAGCGGGACAUGAACACAGAGUGGUUCACGGAGCAGGACACAAACACAGAGUGGUCUAUGGAGUAGGACACAGAACAGUUUCCCAAACCAUCCUUGUGCCCAUAGGGUUAUGAAGCAGUCCUCAGGCAGAACACAGAGUGGUCCAAGGAGCAAGACAUGGAGCAAUUCCCCAAGCUUGGGCAGUCCACAGAAUAACCCACGAAGCAGUCCCCUAAUCCAUCCUCAAGCAGUUCUCAAGCAGUUCAUGGAGCAGAUCAAGAAGCCAUCUUCAGGCAGAACAUAUAGUGGUACAUGGAGCAGAUCACAGAGCAGUUCCUCGAGCUACCCUUAGGCAGUCUGGAGUAUCCUGCAGAGCAGGUCAUGGAGCGACCCAAACGCAGUACACGGUGUUCCACGGCGCCAUCCACAAACAGUACACAGAGUGGUCCACAGAACAGAUCACAGAGUGAUCCAUGGAGCCGUCCACAAGCAGACUGGUCCACAGAGCAGAUCACAGAGAGUCCUCAGGCAUUCCACGGAGCAGACCAGAGAGCUGGUCAUAGAGUCAUCCUUGGGCAGUCCACAGAACAGGUUAGAGAGAACAGGCCAUAGAGUCAUUCUUGGGAAGUCCACGGAAUAAGUCACAGAGCAGGUGACAGAGCCAUCCUCAGUCCAUGGUGUGGUCCACGGAGCAGCCCUCCUCAGGCAGUCCAUGGGGCAGAUCAUCUGUGGGUCCCUGGCUUGUGACCUUAAGAGGCAGAAGACACAGAGAAUAGGCUGCCUUGAAGUCUUGGAGAUACUAAUUUCUCAAGCGGGGAGAACCCCAGCCCACCUGGUGAACUCUUUUUCGUGGAUGUGUGGAGAGGAGGAGAAAAACAAGGAAGAGGAAGAGGAGGAGGAAGUUUCUGCCCCCUCGAGGAAGCUGGCCCAUGACCCCACCCAGAGCACAAGCCCAGUAUGCCGCUGGCUUGGCUACGGAACGUUCCAUUCCACCCUCAGGAUGUCCAGAGGGAUCCCCAGGCAGCCAGCAGGCACAUUGAUAUGGAUGCAGGGAAUACCAACGGGGGGGCAACGGCAGCCAGACGCACAAAUCCAUCAUUCAAGCGUGGUCGGACAGAUACAAAAAACAGACAGAUGGGCUGCCCUGGUCCCGGCCUCAUGUCCACUUGCCACAGGAGAGGUGUCCUGGGCCGGCCUUUUUGGGCCCAGCUCCCCUCCAGAGUGGCAGCCUCGGUAGAGCCAGAGGAGCAUGGUGUGUAUUUGAGGACGUGGGGAGGCCCAAAAUGAGCCCUGUCCCAAGCCACUGGGAAGGAACGGAAUUGAGUGGAAGUGGGAGUGGAGGCUUCCAGCCUUGGUUUUCGUCUCUGGGGACCAAGAGAUUGAGCUCUGUGAGUGGUGCUGGUGACCGGAAUUGAGUGGAAGUGGGAGUGGAGGCUUCCAGCCUUGGUUUUCGUCUCUGGGGACCAAGAGAUUGAGCUCUGUGAGUGGUGCUGGUGACUUGUGGUCAGCUGAGAAUGGAGUGAGCAGCUUUGUGGCAGUGGAGUCGGCUCUUGGAUCUGGCCAUGAAGCCCAGAGGAAGGAAGGGCCCCCAGAACCAAAUACCACCCUGGGGCGAGGCAAAGAGACUGUCUCCAUUUCUGGAGGCCAAAUGGGCUGUUAGCCCUUCAGAUCAUUCCAGGACACAGGCAGGAACUACGCCUACUGCCUAACUUUCAAACACGUAGCACUGAGCUACAUUGGCUGAGCCAAUGGUGGGGGGAGCCUCAGCCCCUCCACAGACGUCUGCAUGCCCAUUGGCCCUCCUGCCCUCACACCCAUGGUGUUGGCCCUGCUGCCUUGAGAAGCGCCUUCCUGCAUUGUGCUUGCUGGUGUUCCUUCCAGCCACAAAGCCAGUGACUGCAUUGCCCCAGGGCUGGACUGGACCUCUCUGAUGGGAUCUAGCAGCUUGGUCUAGAGGGGUUCCUCUGAAGGAAAGAGCAGGGGGCUGCCACAACACCGAUUCCACCAGAGCCAGGCCGGCCCAGGGCCAGCUGCGGAGGCUCCCCUCUCCCCAGCAGGAGAAGGGGCUGGUGGGGAAGGGGAAAUAGAAAGGAAGAAGGAGGAAAGGGGCAGGGAGAGGAGGAGGAAAAGGACGAGGAGGAGGAGGAGAAGAUGGCGAUUUGGUUUUGGGUUAAACUCGAUUUGCAGUGAAAAAUGCACUCUGCCUGGCAGCUCAACCCUCCCAUGGGCAGGCAGGAGUCAGGGCAUCGAGCAGUUAAGAGGGAGGGGGGCUCUGCUGUGUGUGCCCCACCCAUGGACACACUCUUGGUGCAGGCAAAUGGUGGCCCUAUGGCUCUGCCCUCCCCUUAUUCUGGUUUUGCUGCUGCUUCUGCCUCCCAGAAGGCCGUGUAAUAGCCGAGGCCUCAGGGAAAUGCCAUCUGCCCCAUCCUGUGCCUGCUCCAAGGGAUCUGAACCCUGGCGGGCCACCCCAGAAGACCAGUCUACCUAGAGCUGUGGCCAGUUGGGAAGGUCCCAGAUAAAUUGAGUUAAUUCCGGGGCAAUGUGGCCUGUGCCACAGAAGCCCCUGCCAUCCCCUCCCCACCCCUCACCCACCCCUGAGUGGGGUCGGGUGGGUCCUGUGGUCUCCGCUGGUCCAACAGACCAGUCUGUCCUCUGAUGUUUGCUCUCCCAGUUUGACCAAAGCCACUAGAUCUGGAUUUCGGCGGGCCACGCUGGCGUGGCGGAGGGUCCUCAGCCCAAAGUGCCCAUUCUGCCCCAGGUUCCAAAGGUAUUCCUCAUGGUGGCCUGGUGGCUUCCCAUCUGCCCUAAAAGAUGUGGCACGAUGAAAAUCCCGAAGACCUCGUUUUUCGCUAUGCAAUAUGCUAGACGUCACUCUGUGGAACCCUGGUGGUAACUGCCCGAGAACACUAGUUCACCUGUCGUUACUUCGGUAUUUGUGAGUAACAUUUUUCUGAUCCUGAACCUGGCCUGUCAGAGAUCUCGCUUUUUUAUUGCAUUGCAAGUGCAGGCUGGGGCUGAAGACUUACUGUAGAUAUUUUUAUAAGAUUUUUAAGAGUUUUUGAUCACUUUUUAUGGUCUGUGGGGAACAAGAGGCAGCACCUCCGAUGUGCUUUUCUCCCUCUGCCCGGCCCAUGCCAGCGGCUGCACAGAGUUUAGCCGCGGUGUUUUCUACACAAACCAGGCUUGGAAGCCACUGCGGGGUGCCACGGUCUUGGGCCCGGAACCUUUUAACCUUUGAAAACUCCAGCCAGACGGCCCGAAUCCACGGGGCUUCUCCAGUGCCCAUCUCACCGUGCAGGUGCCUAUACCACGUGCCUGCCCGGCCUGGCCUGGCCACUGCCUUCACCACAGGCUCCCUCAUCCUCCACUCCCCUGUGGUCCGGCAUUGCUCCACACUGCCUGGGGCCCCGCCCCUGCACCAGCUCCCCAUGUGGUCUGGCAUUCCUGUCCACCUGGCAAGCUGGGCUGGAACAUAAAGUCUGCAUGGGGACCAGCUCAGCCUUCUGCAGUCUCCUGCAGCCUCCGGUGGCCCCCAGGCUUGGAACCCGGAGGAGGCCAGUGUGGCUGCUAGGCGCAGCACCUCAAACCUGUCAGGGCCACUCAGGGGCUGCAUGGGGCAGGCUGUUCAGGAAGCUCCAACUCACUGCUCUCCAGGAGAGGAUGAAUAGUGGAGGAGGGGUUUCUCCCCACUGAAUCCCCCAGCAGCCUUGAUUCCUUUCUCUUCUUUGGGGGAUGGGCGGCCUGAGAUUGCCGCAGGCCUGGGUGCGGCUGGGCCUGCUUUCCCCUGGGGGAGUGUGGUCAAGGCUGUGCACCUUUGCAAAGACAGCUUGUCUCAGGCCCCUGUGCCAGGCAGGUGGGCACAAUGUUCUUCUCAUGACAACCCCGGCGAUGGUCGGCCUCUAUAACCUUGCCCUGUGUUUUUUGUCCCCUGGUGGAGCAGGCUUGAUGGCGCUGCCCCAGGCCUGCAUCUGGAAGCGGAAGAAGAUCCCCCAGCUAAGGGUGACAUUGGGACUGCUCCACCGCUCUUACAAAAGCCAGGGCUAGGCUGCCCCGCAGGGCUCCUGGGCACAGGCACUCCAAUCUGGGCAGCUGGACCCUCUGGAGGCCUGGCCCAGGGGUGACCAUUGGGGGCAGGGAGCAGCCGGACCCUCAUUCCCCAGAGCUCCUCUCUGCUACCAUUGUUCAGUGCUUCGCCCGCCUACAGGGACCAGUCAGGAGAUCUUGUCUGCUGUGUUGUGAUUUCGUACUGCUUCUCUCCGUACAUGCCAUGUGCACCGCAUGACCCACACCCUGUUCUCUCCACAGGAGGGUGACAUAGGCGAGAUUACAGGAGGUGGGCGGGGGGCUGGGUGGAGCUGUUCUGGGUCCAGGGCAGUGUGCUGAGCCUGGCAGGCAGGCCCCUGGAGGAGGGGGUGUCACGGCAGCCAUGGUCACAUCCAUGUUGGGGAAGCCGGAGCUGCGCUCUCCUUUUGGGAAUGGCAUUCUCCCAGCCUCACUUUAAUGGGAAUAAAAGCUGGACUCUCAA